AUGUCGCUGCCCACCCUACAAACGCCUCUCUCAAAGCUGCUGGGCAUUCAGUAUCCCAUUAUCCUUGCGGGAAUGGCCCGUACUUCUGGCGGACCCCUCGCUGCGGCCGUUUCGAAUGCCGGUGGUCUGGGUGUUAUCGGCGGCCUGGGCUACACACCCGCUCAGCUGCAAUCCAUUAUUGACGAGCUCAAGGGUAAUCUCUCGGACAAAUCGCUGCCUUUUGGCGUCGAUCUCGCGCUCCCUCAGGUCGGCGGAUCAGCGCGCAAGACGAAUCAUGACUAUACGCAUGGCCAGCUCGACGAACUGAUUGAAGUCACCAUCAAAAACGGCGCGAAGCUGUUUGUCAGUGCGGUAGGCGUACCGCCCGCCAGAACAAUCAAAAGACUUCACGAGGCAGGUGUCGUGAUUAUGAACAUGGUUGGGCAUCCUCGCCAUGCUGUCAAAGCACUGGAAGCGGGUGUCGAUAUUGUGUGCGCGCAGGGUGGUGAAGGCGGCGGACACACUGGCGACAUUGCAAAUUCCAUACUAAUCCCCGCUGUGGUGGAUGUGGCGAGAAAGUAUACAAGUCCGCUCACGGGGCAGCCGGCCAUGGUGGUCGCUGCGGGUGGCAUCUACAACGGGCGGUCGCUGGCGAGCAGCCUGAUGCAGGGUGCUCAGGGCGUCUGGGUAGGCACUCGUUUUGUAGCUUCCACUGAGGCGGGAUGUUCUCAGCAGCACAAGGAGAAUGUUGUUUCUGCGCGUUUCGAAGAUACAGAUCGUACGCUGGUGGUCAGCGGGCGACCUCUCAGGGUCAAGCUCAACGACUACAUCAGAGACUGGCACGCAAGGCCAGAGGAGAUCAAGGCGCUGACCGAGGCGGGAGUCGUGCCGCUUGCGAAGGAUAUGGAGGACGAGAGAGAAUUCGAUAUUCCGUUCCUUAUGGGGCAGGUGGCCGGCGAGAUUAGGGACAUCAAGCCAGCCAAACAAAUCGUAGAAGACAUGGUGAUCGAAGCGGUGGAGAUGCUGAGUCUGGGGCAGACAUAUAUUGCGAGACCGAGUAGUAAGUUGUAA